AAACUGAUGGAAAAACGUGUAACUUCUGCAGCUGACGCCACCGAAUGGCUACGAAAGGGUUUUUCCCGCAGAGCAACUGCCAUGAAUGCACAGUCUAGUCGCAGUCAUGCUAUUUUCACAGUUACUGUUCAAAAGCUGCCACGAGGAAAUGAAAAACCAUCUCAGCCUGCAAAGUUCCAUCUAGUGGAUCUAGCAGGGUCUGAAGCUUUUGCACAUACUGAAGUAUCUGAUCAAAUAAGAGAAGAAGGUAUACAAAUUAACAUUGAUCUUCUUCAUCUACAAAAAGUAAUUUCUGCUUUGGCUACCGAGCGAGCGAGAGGAAGUAACGCGGUGGCACUGCCGCUACACCACCAGGCAACGACUGCAUCGCUACUCCAAGGUUGGCAAAGAACGCCGAUACUAGGUCAGUAAGCAAAAUGACGGGGAGGACCCUCCGCAGUAAGAGAGUAGUAGCUGACGAAUCAGAAGGGGAAAGUGAGGUUCUGGACUGGCCGAGUAGAGAACCAAGUACCGGCAAUGAACAGUUAGACAGACACUAUUACAAUUUUUGGAAUGCGUGAUUUACUGCUUAGCGCCGCGUAGUGGGAAUGCGGACAAGUACUUGCAGUAGCAGGAUAGACUGUUCAGUUUGGUGAU